AUGGCUCCGUUUGAAGCCCUGUAUGGAAGACGUUGUAGAACACCCUUGUGUUGGUUUCAGGAAGGAGAGUAUGUGUUAAUGGGGCCAGAGAUAGUUCAACAGACUACAGAGAAAGUAAAGCUUAUACAGGCGAGGAUGCGGGCAUCUCAAAAUAGGCAGAAGUCCUAUGCUGAUCAGAGGCGCAGGCCAUUAGAGUUUGUAGUUGGGGACCAUGUGUUUCUCCGAGUGACUCCGACUAUCGGUGUAGGGAGAGCAAUUCGGGCUAAGAAGUUGUCUCCUAAGUAUCUUGGCCCAUAUCAGAUCCUACGACGUAUAGGGCCGCUGAGAAAAUACGUGUCUGAUUCUUCUCAUGUGCUUGAAGUUGAAAAUGUGCAAGUCAGAGAGGAUUUGUCAGUGGAAGUGCAACCCGUAAGGAUUGAAGAGAGCCAAAACAAACAACUUAGAGGGAGAACUGUCAGACUCAUCAAGGUCAUCUGGAAUGGUAGAAUAGGCGACUCUACCUGGGAAUUAGAGGAUGAGAUGAGAGAAACAUACCCCUACUUGUUUCGAUAA